AUGGCGAAUUGGCGAAAGCUUCGAGGAAGAGGACUCUUGGAAGUUUUAGUUGCCACGUGGCUGGUGACCACUUGGCGUGGACAUGAUGAGUCAGGAGCUUUUAUUGCGAAUCGCCACUGGUCACUUUCCCAGACUCGAAGGAGCCUGCUCACAGGAACGCUUUUCUCUGGCUUGUUUGUUGGCGUCAUGCCCGAGCCAGCCGCUGCACGAACCGUCACAUUAGGUUUGCCGUGUCGCUGUUGCGAGAGGGAUUGGUGCGCCACAGCCUGCGUAGAAGCCAAUGAUGGCGAGCAAACCAAAUGCAACUGCCACGAGUUCUUGAGUGAAAUGCAAUCAGCAGAGCAAGUGGUUGUGUCGGGCGGCUUGUACAAAGUACCAUCAGAUGCCUCCAAAGCCAGACUUGAUGCGAUCGACGCUGGACUUGGAGAGAGGGGCUGGGCAAGCAAAUUGGGCUGGAAGGAUGCCAAUUUGCUCAAGUGGAACGUAGAGGAUGGCUCCCAUUUGAAAGUGAAACCAUCGACUUUGGAUGGUGCUGGCGAUGGGCUCUUCACAACCGAGCUGCUUCCGAAGUACACAGUGUUGCCGCCGUAUCAAGGAAAGCCUCUGAGCAUUGGCGAAUUCCGAACAAUGAGGGGCACACGUGAUAUGGACUAUGUGUGGUGCCCUCUGAGAGAAGACGGGCUAUUUAAUUUUACGGACGAUCAAUUACUUAGCGCUGAGAAAGCUGGAGCGGCAACAACUUUUUGCAUCGAUGGCCGUGAGACAGCUGACACAAAUCCAGCACGGUUUAUCAAUGCUGCGCGAAGCAAGGAGCAAUGCAAGAAGGUCAAUGUGAAGAUCUGUGAGUUUGGUGAUGUCGCCUAUUUCAGGACCACCAAAGAGGUGAGGAAGGGUGGGGAACUCAUCACCGAUUACGGCAGCCAGUAUUGGGAGGACUUCGAAGGCUGCUGA